AUGUAAAUUAAGAUUAAAUUCAAUGUUCUCAACAAUUUAUUUAUAAAAGAAGUAAAAAUAAAUUUGGCUAGCGAAAUAAUUAGUUUUUUUACUGUUUUUAAAAUAAAUAUUUUUUUAAAAUAUAUGCUUAGAAGCUAAUAUAAAUAGCUAUAUCGCUUGGUAGUCGAAUUGUGUAGAACAUACAGAUAAGCUUAACUCUUUAAAAAUAAUAAAUAAUAUUCUUUUCAUAGUAUCUAAUAUCUUUACUCUAUGUCAUUAGAACUAAUUAAUUAUUCUUUAGAUUAAAAAGUAUUUCUUACUACCUUUUAUGUAUAAAGAUUCAAAAUAUGUGCUAUUAACAUAAUAAAAUAUAUAUAAUAAAGUUAAAUAAAUUUAUUAUUUGUUUAUAUUUUUGGAAGGCUCUUUAACGUUAAUUCUAUCUAAUCAAGGUUAUUGAUUUAGAGAAAAUAACAAAUUUUUAAAAUAUUGUAAUCAAUAAUCGUUUGCGCUCUGAAAUUUUAAUAAGCACCUUCAUAUAUAUAACAAUCAUAGUGA